GUCAACAGCGAAUUUACUGACUGGGCCGAGCAAGCUUGCUUUGACUAUACCGAAGCACUGGUUCGUCUCAGUGAGCUCUGGGAAUUAUGCCAUAUUCCGGACGUUGAGCGAACCAUUCCACGUGAAUUUAAUCCGACUCUGCAUACGAGUCAUGACAUUAAGCAGGCGCAAGAACAAGUAAAAAUAUUGGAAAAAUUUCUUGCCGAUCGAGCGGAGGUAUACAAGAAAUUUAAAGAGUGGAAGGAACUUUGGGCUGAAAAAGUGGAAUUUGAGAGCAAGGCGAAUGACAAGUCGCGAUACUACAAUCGUGGUUGCCAGCUGCAGAAGGCCUUACAGCGACAAAAGGUUAUUGAGCACCGACUGCCGAUUGUACAAAGGGAGUUGAAAGAAGAAGUGGAAAAAUACGAAGCGACACACGACAGCCGGAUUCAGAUGGAUGGCCUCACUCCCUGCGAACAUAUCGAGGCCCUUAUUGAGCAACAUAAAGCAAAGGGAUUGGAACGAAAACGAAAGAAGCAGGCAGAUGCAUCGGCUGAAAACCUAUCAACCGUAGUUACGCCGAUGAAACGUGGUGCUCCGUCAACUUUCGCUACUCCAUGUUCUUCCGCCAAAGUGGCCAAGGUUCGACCCCUUAAACGGUGCAGUCAAUCGGCUUCGAAGGUGCGCUAG